AUGCUUGGGGAGCCGACGACACUCCUCGACUUGAUGAUUACUUCCGCGGGCAGGGCGCUGUACGGACUAAGCACGUGGAGUUUUGGAAGUGGUUCGGGUGGUGGCGGCAACGGCGGCAGCGAUAGCCACGAGGCUGCACCGAAGCCAUCAGCGGGGUGGAACAGUAAGGACGGCAAGCCCACUCCGGCAGAGAGCUUCUCCUACCACGGUGCUAAUGGUCGUAUGAAGGCCGAUGACGUCGACAACAGGAGGGGAGACCAACAACAGCAGCAGCAGCAACAGCAGCAGCGAGGAAACAAAAGAGGUUCUUUCCGUAUGGAAAGGCCUGGCGUCGUCAGCACCAGCACCACCAGCAGUGCUACCACCGCAACUGCUGCCCGGAGAAAUUCCAUUCCUCGGCGCGGAAGGUUCUUCGUUGGUGCAAAUCAAGCUCAUACCCAGAGUCGAGACCAGCCGCCUGAGCGGUCUGCAGAGAUGGGCGAGGACGAAGAGAGAAGAAAGAGAAACAUGAGCAAUUCCACCACCACCAAUGUAGUUGACGACCUUGGACCAAGCGGAAGCAUCACCCAUGGAGCUUCAGGGCGCCGUCGGGGAAGUUGUAACGGUGGCAGAGGUGCUGGAGGGCACCAGAAACGGCAUCAGGAGUGGCUCGAUAAGUUUGGAGAGGAAAAGCGGAUGGAACGCCAAGAAGAGGAGGCUAAGGCGCAGCGUCGUGAAGCAGCCCGCCGACGCACGCGCGAUCUUUUGCUCGAGAGGGCAAAGCAACGCCUCCUGGCCGUCGCCGCUGCCGCUGCCGGUGUUUCUGGCGCUGGUUCAUCCGCAACCACCGGCCAUGACUUAUCAGCAGACGAAGGUGGUGACGGCGUGAAAAUCUCAACAGCGGCGAGGGAGGCAUCGCACCAAGCUCGGGGCGGGGCGGGGCAAGGUGUCCCGACGCCGACGGCAUCAUGCGAGGGGGGGGCAGGGGUAGCGGUAGCAGCGGCGGCGGCAAUGACGAUGGCCGCCAUGUCGGCGGGAGUUCCGCUUUAUGCCCAGGAGACCUGGGCGGCCCGACACAGCAAGGUGGAGCGAAAAGGGAACAAGGACGACGUCACGCCCGAAGAAAGAAAGAAGCUCGAAAAGGAGAGGUUCGAGCGCAUCGCAGCAACUCGGCGGCGGCAAAAAGAGCACCACAAGCGCUUCCUGGCCGCUCUCAAGGCCAAAAGGGUCCAAGAAGAGGAGGAUCGGCUUCUUCACGAGCGCAAGGAAGCCGAAAAGCGGUGUAACGUAAAGAUGUGGGCGGAACGAAGGCUCCAGAAGACGCAGAAAGCUGCCGGCGGUGGCGAUACUGAACACCUGUCUGCGGCAGCAGUAACGACAGCACCCGGGCACAACAAGUGGGUGGGCGGCCGCGGCAGUAGCGACGGCGGAGACGGGGCCAGAGAAGGGGUAGACGGGGAGGGAGCGGCGGCGACAGCUACCGAAGGUGUCGCCGGAAGUGGGUUGAACGCGAUACGAAGCGCUCACUCACGGAGCGAGAAUCAAGAAGGCGAAGGAGGAGACGCGCAAGCCUCAACCACCAUGGCUGGCACAAGCGCUGAAGAGCUUGAAAAGACAGCGAGGGCGGUGGAGGGUUUGGACAAGGAAGAGAGACGGCGGCGUUUCUUUGAGGUGAAAUUGGCCAGGGAGAAGGCGCAGCGGCACCUGGAGAGCCUCGUGAAGAAAAAGAAGGAGAAGGAGGACGAGGAGGAAAACGCCAAACGAAGGCAGACAAGAAGGAUGCGAAUCCUUCGAGACAAGGUCCUCUUCAUGGCCAAGGAGCUACGGCAGAGUGGCGAUCCCUCCAAGGCCGGACAAUGCCCAGAAACGGGGGCUGAAAGCGGCGAGGAAGAAAAGAGCGGCAACGGCAACACCGCCAGGGUGGCGGAGCCACCGAGGUUGACGGACGAGGAACUACAGACGAGCGUGGAGCGCCUGACUCAGCAGCGCAAGGGCGGGGGCGUGAUCACAGCGAGCGCCCGCGACUUCAACGACUGGAAGCGCAAGCACAAGGUUGCCCCCGAAACUAAGGUGUUCGUGAUGACGGGAUGGUACCCAUGCGUAAAGAAGGCCUUGAUCGAGAGGGGAUGGACGCAGAACCAUGACCGAGACUCUCCGUUCUUCGACCUCAAGUGGACCCUGCACAGCCAGGACAUCCGCACCACGGACAUAGAGCCGUGGCAACUCUGCAACCACUUUUUCAAGAACGUGGCCAUCACGACCAAGGCGGGCCUGCUCGGAAACCUUCGCAACCUCAAGUGGUUCGCCGACUGCGACUGCAGCGAGAUCCUGCCGAGGGGCUACGACCUCUCCAUCGACACCGACGUGCUGGGGUUUCUGGACGACUACUGUGCCACGGCCGCCGAGUCUCUCCUGAAGCACGUCUUCCUCAGGGCAAAGGGCCGCGUUGCGCUACGGCGUCUCGGCUCUUCUGCUGUCGGUUGUCCAAAAGCGGAGGCCAAAUCAUCUCCCUCGCGGGGCUGCGAUGGCGGCAUGGAUAGCGACGAAAAUGACGUGUACGACGACGAAGACGACGCGUUCGACGACAGCAGCGUCGACGACGAAAAAGAAGGAGAAGAAGCGGUCCCCAGGCCACCGCCACGAUCGGGAUCGUCGCCCUCUAUGGUUUCGCCCAAGACAGCUACGCCGACAGUCGUUUCCACCACCGGUGCAACAGCUCCGCCGUCGGUUUCAUCCGUCGAUGACCGCGUGACAGCUCGAAAUGCCGCCGCCGACCCGGGCGGUGCCAUGACAACACCGCCAGAAUCAUCACGAGGAGCAAAAUCAUUAGCAGCAGAGGGUGCUGUUUCACCCACGGAUGAUGGUGUGGUGGGAGGUACACAGACGGAAUCACGAGCGGCGUUCAAGCAGACGGCCGAUCUCGGUCCUGUCUCUGCUGCUGGUUCUGUUGUUGCUGCUAGUGCUGCAACGCCUGCUGUGGCUCCGAGCAAGCCGGUUGAGGUUGGAGCGGUUGGUACAGCGGAGGUAGGAACGCCGAUGACAGCACCGCCACCAUCAGCCCAAACAGGACCAUCAUCGCUGGUACCCGAAGAUUCGGAGCAGGGCCUUCGACAACAGCAUCAACAGCCUUCCGGGGUGCCCGUCCCACCCCCCGCGGUGCGCUCGUCGAAGACGACGACGACGACGACGGGAUCAUUGUCAUCGUCGAUGGUAGGAAAAGAAGCCGGACGAGAGAAUGAUGCUUCGACUGACCAGAAAGGCCGGGCUGCUCAGGCGACAGACGGUACUAUCGGGAAGGGCGACGGAAGUGACGGUGGCGGUGGCGCGAAGUUGCGAAGACAGAUGCCGCCGGUAUCCGCUCGAAGACGGCCAUGGGAGCCGGAAGGGGCAGGGAUCCAAGUCAACGCAGAGAUCAUCGGUGCCGCUCUGGCGGUCUGCCGAAGGAAACACGCUCGCGUAGGAGAAGGAGAAGGCGGGUUGGACUCCGGGGGACCAGCGGAGGCCCUGUGCAGCGAGCUGGAGUGGGAGCUGAUAGGGCUUGGCACAGGAGGGGGGGCGCCGCACCCGGAUAUGCCGGGGCUGUACAGGCCGCAUCCCCUCCCUUCCAGGCCUGCAACUCCACUAGAGGCUUUCAUUCAGACUCAGGCCGAGAAAGAAGCGUCCUCUAAAAGUGGCACCCGUGAGGGACGGCGAAAGCAAAAACAACAAGACGACCUCCGCGCGGCGUGUACGGAGAGAGUCCGGACGGUCGUCCCUUUGGGGGACGCCAUGCUCCAAGAGGUCGAAGCCGUGCUCGAGAGAGCGGCUAUGGCUUCGCGUUCGCAGUUCGACCUCAACGGGGACUUCUGCCAGAACAUGUGGAUUGUCAAGCCGGCGGCCAAGUCUCGAGGUCGGGGUAUCGAGUGUUUUACGGAGUUGGAUAGGCUUCUGAACUACACGGAAUCCAAGCAGCCCCAGGCCGUGUCCCAGUGGGUAGUACACAAGUACAUCGAGAACCCCUUGAUCAUCGCGCGGCGCAAGUUCGACAUGAGGCAGUGGGUGCUGGUAACAGACUGGAAUCCUCUGACGGUGUGGUUCUACGACCGCUGCUACGUUCGCUUUGGAGUCGAGGAGUACACGACGUCGGGCAGCAACAUCGGGAACAACUUCGUCCACCUCGUGAACAACAGUAUCUGCAAGAAGUCCGACAACUUCGGAAAGGUGUCGGUUGCCGACAACGGGAUUGAGGUGCACGAGCACAUGUGGUCAAACGAGGUGUUCACGGCUUAUGUGGACGAGGUGGCAGGGAAGGGCUGCUGGAGAAAGAGGAUGCAGCCAAGGAUGGAGCAGAUCGUCACGUGGAGCCUGCUCUGCGCCCAAGACCUGGUGGAACACCGCAAGAAAUCUUGGGAGCUCUACGGCUACGAUUUCAUGGUAGACGAUCAAUACAAGCCGUGGCUGAUAGAGAUAAACUCCAGCCCUGCCUGCGACUACAGCACCAAGGUGACCGAGCAGUACGUGCAGGCCGCCCUGACGGACCUUCUCAAGGUCACCAUAGACCUGCCCGCGUGGGAGGCAAACCAAAGGAACAAGAGCAGGAGCAGAGCGUCGCAGCCUCAAGCCUCGUCCGCUCCUUCGGCAUCGGACUCGCAGACUCAGGACCAACAGCAGCAGCAACCACGAGGGGAUGGGGUUGCGGUUGCGACAAAACUGGUCGCGGCCGACAGCGCAGCGGCCGUCGCUGAGAAGGAGAGGCACGAGGCCCCGACUUUCGUCGGCGGCACGACGUCGUCGGCAUCUGCAACACCGGCACCUGAAACCGACAGAGCAGUGAAUGCUUCGGUAACACCGGGUGGCGACAGCUGCGGGAGUAGCCGGGAAGAUAAUACCACUUCCGCAGGUUUGGGUGCGGAGGGUGACCCCGUUGCUGCUGAAAGAGAGGACGGGGGGGUGCAGGGGCGGAAAGGAGCCGCGGAAGGGAGAGGGGAUACCCCACCCGACACCGGGCUGUGGAGGCUUUUGUACAAGGGGAGCUUUGUUCCCUUCCCCGUCGCGUCGUUUGGAACGGACCUCGCGCUCAAGGGAACUCGCAUCGCACAUAGCAAGCGCACGCGAUCGUCGCCUCAUGCCGUGAAGCUGUAA